CGCAUCGAACCCAUCGAUGGCCACCCGGUGUUACGCGGCUGCUACCGUCGUGGUCUCGUCGCGACCACGCGCGCCCCGCCUCGGCCUCUCCUCCUCCGCGCGACCCAGCGGCGCGUGGACGACCAGCGGCAGCUACCGCCUCGCUGUCGUCCGCGCCAUGGGCGCCUCGCCGUCGUCGCCUUCCCCGUCGGGGCAAGCCCCAGGGAAAGCGGAUAACGCAUCUCUGAGUGACGAGGAGUUGAAGAAGCGCCUGACGAAAGAACAGUAUUACGUCACUCGGCAGAAGGGAACUGAGAGGGCAUUCACUGGGGAAUACUGGAACACUAAAACCCCAGGGGUCUACCACUGCGUCUGCUGUGACACCCCUCUGUUUGAGUCAUCUACCAAGUUUGAUAGUGGCACUGGAUGGCCGUCUUAUUAUCAGCCAGUUGGCGACAAUGUCAAGAGCAAGCUUGAUAUGUCGAUCUUCUUCAUGCCUCGGACCGAGUCCCUAUGUGCUGUCUGUGACGCUCAUCUGGGGCAUGUCUUUGACGAUGGACCACCGCCGACGGGGAAGAGAUAUUGCAUUAACAGUGCAUCUCUGAAGCUGAAGCCCCAGUAGUCCAUGUAGGAAGAAUCGAGAUGCAGGCACUAGUGCAUUCCAUGUAGCUUUGGUAUGAAGUAUUUUCAGUGUAAUAGCCUAGUUGUGUCCGGUUUGAACAUGUAAAUUGACAACUUCAGGUUGUAAAGCCAUGCAUCUGAAACAUGUAUAUUGAUGGGACAUACCUUUUGUGGGAAGAUCAUUAUUGUCCACCCAAAAGCAGAAAAUUAAACAAUAAGGAAAUGGACAAAACACUAGCAUAA